AUGUGCAGUGGUUGGAGAACGAUCUUAGUAGCCGUGUGCGUUGCUGCGGCUACACUCACCGGCAGCACAGCCCACGCAGAUAGCUGCCCAAUAUAUCUCACCAUUUUCGCCCUCGGACGCUCGGUCGAGGAUUCGCCGCUGGUGAUCAAUUGGGGUCCGGGAUGUGAACAUCCGCCGGAAUGGAUCGGACUGUACGCGGAGAACCCGGCCCUGUCGAACGCUUCGCCGGUCGCGACAGUCUUCCCGAACGGUGCGCCCGGCGGACAGGUGGUGAGUGAGAUAAAGUUUGGCCGUCGGAAGCUACCGGGCGGUUGGAGCUACGAGCAGGUCCUGCAGCACAUACCGAAGCGACGGAGCAAACCGAUCUGUUUCGAUCUGUACCUCACGAGCUACGACGAUGCCGGCCAGCUGCAGUACUUCGACUGUCUCAAGAUCCGACCCACGUGGAUGUUUAGCGAACCGGGGCUUGGCAAUGUGUCGCUCCGGGAGCUGUUCCUGCCCGGGACGCACUGUUCCGGUUGCUACCAGACGCGCACCAACGUUGGCAACGCGUUCCUGAAGAAGAUCGGCUUCCGGCAGAGCAUGGACGUGUGGGGUCAGCUCGUGUUCGGGGUGCGCUAUCUCGAUUUCUCGAUCGGGUACUACCCAUCGCACAACGGCACACGCAACUUUUGGAUCAUGAACGAACACUUGCGCGUCGCAUCACUCGCCCCGAUCCUGCAGGACAUCCGCCGGUUUGUGAUCCUGUCCGAGGAGACCGUAUUUCUCGACUUCCGACGAUUCCCGCUCGGUUUCCACAACAAUCCCGAGCAGCAUGCGGCACUGCUGUCGCUGGUCGAGCAGGAGCUGGGCGAUUUGGUGUACCGCCGGCCGACGGUCGCAUCCGGCGAGACGGGGACGAUGGACGAUGCGGACGGCGAGUCGUACAAUCUCACGCUCGGGGAUAUGCGCCGAGAGGGAAAGUACCUACUUAUCGCCUACAAUCACGAGGCCAGCUUAAAUGAGUCGGAAAUUGUAUGGAAACCGUGGAAAAAGCACUCGAGCGCAUUCCUCAAGCACACGGAGCUGGGUGAGUUUAUGCAGAAUUUAUUCGCCCAAAAGCAUCCGGACGCACCGCGAAACAUCGGCUGGAGUCUACACGGUGUCCAGGGUUUCCAGGGCAGUUACAACGAGGAAGAUGCCACCUAUCUGAUGCCCGCGGAACGGGCCAGCAUCGUGAAUCCCAAGCUGAUGCAGCUGCUGAGCGGUCCGUGGAGUCAGCGCGCGAAUGCGGUGCUGGUGGAUUACUUCACCAACACGAAUCUGGUGGAGCUGGCGGUCAGCACGAACCGCUACAAAACGCUGCGCAAUCCGCUGAGCGAGGCGGUGGUGUUGGACAUCCAGUGA